AUGGGUGACUCGUGGCGUGUACUGGGAAGAGCCCUUAAAGUGAGCAGCCUUUGCCUUGACGACAUUGAAGCACACUAUAGUCGGUUUGGAACUGAAGAACUUGUCUGGGGAGUUCUUGAAAAGUGGGCUGAGAGGGGAAAUCCUACGAAGGAGGGUUUGUUGCAAGCAGUGAAGAGAAUUGGUGGAGAAAAUAUUUUGGGUCCCCCAAUGACUGAUCACCAUCGUGAUAUUCUCCAAACCUUCCACCCAUACAUACACAUAGAGAUUAUGGAUGUCGAAUGGCUCAUCCCUUACCUUAGAGGAUACAAAAUCCUUACUAACUCACAGAUUAAGAUGAUCCGUCAAGGUCACGGGCGGUUUGGGAAGAUUGAGAACCUCUUAGAUAUGCUGCCUUACUUGGGAUGCAGGGCCUUUGAUGGCUUUGUGAAGGCUUUGGAACAAAGUGGUCAUAUGCACAUUGCCAUGAAAUUAAGAGAAGCUGAGUCAAUGGAUCCCUGUGUCUUUGAGAAUGCCGAGAUAGGGGGCGAAACAUUGCCUGAAGAAUCAUUGGAAGAGUCUGCUGUCAAGGAAGUCGAUAAAGAAGCUGCAUUUUCUGAGCAAGACACAACCAUAGAUGAAAAUGACAUUGAAAUGGCACUGAUUGCAUCAGGGAUCUACGUUCAAAAGUUCAAUAUGGACCAUAAUGGUGGCUAUGUCCAUUUAAAGGAAGUGGGGGUCACACUUGUUGUACCAAGGGGUUCAUUUUCUGAAGGCACAGUGAUAGAGAUGUACCUUGGAGUCAGUUGGAGGCCAGGAGACAGCCCUCAUUUAGCUGGCAAGGAGACAAGAACAAGCCCUAUUGUGGUAUGUGGUCCUCACAACUUGACCUUUAAGAAACCAGUGUAUCUGAGUUUUCCACACUGUAUUCCACAUGUUGAUGAUGCAGAGACGGAGUUGAUGUUCUGGAUAUCAAAAACUGACCUGCUGGGGACUUGUAAAUGGUCAGCUGCAGGGAAUGACCUUGUCGUGAUCUUCAGCCAAAACAGGUGCACUGCAGCUUUGUGGAACCUGUGUAAAUACACCACUUCAUCAAGUAAGAAAAAGAUGCUGGCCUCAGUAUUUGGCGAGUUUGAUUCAGGGACAGAGCUGCUUCAGAUUGUAGUGAACUGCAUCAGUGAUACCCCAGAUGAAAUAACGGUUCUUGACUGUUGGAUGACAAGGAAUGGUCUGAAGCGUAUAGCGCCUGAUGGAUACUUUGACCUUUACAUCUGUCCGCAUAGCGGUGUUGACCAAAGUGAUGGUGACCACGACAACGAUGAACAUGUUGUAUGCAAAGAUGAUCAUAAUGUACUGGUCACACUAAAUGAAUAUCAAGGAUGGGUUUUAAAGGGGAAAGAUGAAGAUGAAAACAAAAAGGUGUUGAAAUACCAAAGGAUGAUUGAUGACAAGAGACCAUAUUGUACCUUUGCUUUGAAACGUGAGUGUACAGCAGAUAUUUUUGAAGGCAAAAUAUUGGUGGCCCAAACAGGCAACGAGGAUAAACUAGAGUUUGAAGUGCACCGUCCAUUACAUCAGAUUGAAAAGGAUCCAGAAGAAACCCAGUUGUCUCAGUCAAGUGCAGGUCCUAGUGGAGAAAACCAGUCACAGAUGACCCCACAGCCUCUAGUCCCGAAAGCAGGACCAUCCAUGUUUCUUAUUCAGAACAUAGGGCAGCUUCAAAUUAAUCAGAAUGGGGAUCAGGAGUUGACGAUUCCUGAGCAACCUGCUCCUGUACACGUUUUACAGCGGUAUCUGCUUCUGGAGGCAAAGGAAAACUUGGAUCAGAUUUUUAAGAUUCCGCAGGUGUGGGAGACUAUUGUACAUGUACUUGAGCUUCGGUUGGGAAAUGAUUGUGUUCCAGAUGAACCUGUGGAAUUUGUCUUCUGCCAUCUGCAGGGUUCCUUUCAACUACUUAAAUGGCUAUUGAAGAAUAUUGUGGAGAGAGUGAAGGAAAUUGUUGAGCCAUCUGUAAUGAAGGUGAUGAUUUCUGAAGUAACAAAGGCACAGGUCCACGAGGUUGAAUGUAAGAAUCUGCGAAAACAGCUGUCCUUCAUAGCUAAUGGAAGAUUUGAUAUUAGGAGACUGUUAGAUUUCCUUUUUUCAAAGAGCAUCAUUAGUGAUUCAGGAAUGGAAGAAAUUUAUAGCAAGAAAACAUCAUCAGAACAGUGCAGUCUAUUACUGCAUAUGGUAUUGAAGUGCUCUUUGGAUAAGGAUCCUGUCAGGCACCUGCGGGAGGGGUUUGCUGAAAUAGACCGACUUGAUCUGGUAGAACUUCUGGUAGUGAAACCUGAGGACGUACAGGAUUCAUAUAUCCCAGAUGAAGCCCUGAGACCUGGUGAAUAGCAGAAUGAACAACUGUUACUUAGACAAACUUAAGAGUCCUAAAGUAGCUGCAUAGUAUUUUUAGACAUUUGUGAUAAAGUCACUUACUUUAGCGAGAGUUGAACCCUUAAGGAAAUUCCCUAUAUAUUGUCCUAUAGAAAAUUGUCCCGAUAUCCCAGGAUAAGUUUUCCAUAGCAUAUAUUAUAGGAACUCGUGUAAGGGAAAGUCUAAAUUUCAGAAUAUUUUGGUGUUGUGGUGCUGUAUUGAGGCCCUUGAUCCAGACCACUGCUGCUUGCAUUUUCAGGAUAUUUUUAAACGUCCACUUUCAACUCUGAUAGGCAGGGUUUUGAAAAAAAAAUUGAGAUCACAUAUUUCACUUAAUUAUUAUUGAUAGUAUUUUGCUUUAGAAGGUCAUUAACACAAGUUGGGUUCUUCGAACUUUUUGUUUAUAAAACUAAUACAUAUAUUUAUUUUAUUUUUUAAUUAUUUUGAGGGAAAGGGGAAGGUGCAUGGCAAUGACCACUUUGAUCGAUAUAUAUAUAUAUAUAUAUA